AUGUCUACAACACAACCUCCCCAAGCAGAUACCACACCAAACGUUCCCUCGCACCAUUUAAAUGCUUUCGGCACCGCUUUCAAAAAUCCUUGGCCGUCAGCCGAGAAGCCAACUGUAACCGAACUCCUCGAAAACAAGUUCCCCCUAGGUUGGUAUGAGAGCUAUGCGAAAAAGCAUCCAGGAACACAGGACGUGAAAGUCGUUGCUCCAGACUGGGGUGCAUCGAAUUUGAAGAAGAAUGGACUCGACAGGGCAAAGUGUGUUAUAGGAACAUCGCUUGGUCACGCAGGCGUGAUCACGGAAUUGCCGCUCGAGGGGACGGCAAAUGGAGCAGAUGGGGUCAAGGAGAGUUUCUGGAUCGUGUAUGAUCCUAUAUUCUCUGAGAGAGCAGGUCCCACGCCCUUUACGGGCCCGAAGAGGAUGAGGCCGCCUCCUUGUCAGGUGACUGAUUUGCCAGGCUGCGAUGUGGUUAUGAUUUCGCACAACCACUACGACCACUUGGAUACUUCAACUAUCGAAGCCUUGUUCAAGAAGUUUCCUAACGCAAAAUACUUCGUUCCCUUGGGAAACAAAAAAUGGCUGCACGAUCUGGGCGUAUCAGAAGAGAAGAUUUUCGAGCUCGAUUGGUGGCAGAAGCGUGAGCUCAGUAUGAGCGAUCUGGGUUUCACAACUUCACAAGCCGCGAGCGAAGAUGCAUUAUUGCGCUUCACUUGCGUUCCUGCUCAGCACAAUUCUGGCCGUGACCCAUUGGACCUAGACAAAACACUCUGGUGCGGCUGGAUCAUUGAACAAAUGCUCGUAUCAAAUACGAAAACAUCACCAACCAGACGUAAAGGCGCCAUCUACCACGCCGGCGACACUGGAUACCGUCGAACAGCUAAGUCUACCGCCGUAUGCCCAAUCUUCAAACAAAUCGGUGAAGAUUACGGACCAUUCGACCUCUCGUUCGUACCAAUCUGGAGAGGAGGCACGCUGGAAUUUAUAUCCCAUCUAGGGUUCAGGUUAAACCAUAAUGACAUCCCUUCUGCACUGCAUGCCGCACCUGCUGAUGCGCUUGAUAUUCAUAAAGAUGUCAGGUCAAGGAAUUCGGUGGCGAUUCAUUUUGGGACGUUUGUGGGCUCUGUGAAUGAAAGUAUGGAGUCUGUUAUGGAGUUUGAGGAUGGGAGAGAGAGUAGGGGUGUGGCGAGACUUGAGAGUGGAGCAGAUACUGGGGAGGGAAGAGCCGGAAUUAUUGAUAUUGGGGCAAGCUUGGCGGUAGAGAUUGAGACAACGGAUGUUGGUGGGCAUAAGUGA